AUGCCGACGCCAAUCGACAUGAGCCAAAGCACUUUGAUGUCUGCCAUCAGGAUGAGCUAUGUCCUGAGCAUGAUUGACGCGGUGAAGUCAGAGAUGUCCCCCUCGACAGCAGUAGGAGCACAUUGGAAGGCGCUGCUUCUCCUGGCCGUUCCGGUGACAGGCUGCCUGACGGGCUUCGGCGUGCAGCUCGCGGGUUCACGCGGCAGUUUCUCGCUGUACCUCCCGCUCGUGCUGUCGGGUGUCAUCCUCCUCUCCGGGCUGUUGGGGCAGCUCCUGCUAGGGUACGGCUGCGCUGAGUUCCGCAAGCUGGCAUCCCUGAAAUACCUUUGGUGCAUUGGUCCAGGAAUCGUCGGGGGAGCCAAAUACAGCCUCCAGAACGUCGCGGUCUCGAUGAUGAGCUCCUCCCUCUUCUUCAUCAUCAUGCGGAUGACCCUGCUUUGGGUCGCGAUCUUUGAGGCCCUGAUGCUCCGGCAACUGCCCGGGAAGUUGCAGACGGUGACCCUCAUGGCCGUACUCUUGUCGUGCAUCAGCUCCACCGUCCAGGCCCUAGAGGAGGAGGACUCUGGGACGAGCGUUUCGAUGCUGGCAAUCGUGUUGUCUGCCGUCUGCGGGUUAGCAGACGCCGUGUUCGAUACCUCCACGGCCGUGUUGGGGAGGACCUUCGCCCGUGAGCUCAACGGCCCCGCGAGGAAUGCCGAGCUUUGCCGCAUCAUGGUCAUGCUCCAGGUCUUCAGGCUGCCAUGCUACAUCCUCUUGUUGGUCUGGUUUGAUUGGGACGAUGCGUUUCGUGGCUUCGACAUGACGACCUUCGCGCUCACUGUG